AUGCCUUCCACAACAUCAUGUCUGUCUUCGCCGAAUACUACGCCAUUCCUCAUCACAGUCCAGGAUGCUAUCUUGUUAGAAGACUCGGAAGGCUUUAGCAUACUCCGAGACCACCUUUCAAAUGAAUGUUGCAACGACUUUUGCAAGGACCAUGAAACCGACAUUACUGAGGACAAACAGGCCUGGAUUCUGAUGAGAGACAUACUUCAUGCUCUGCUCGCACCUGUCGUAGCUCUUCACGAUCACACAACAAGGAUUGCUCAGAAGUACACCAAGGCUACCAAACCAGAGGAUAUCGAGUUCGCGUUUAGGAAUAAGGGCCGCAAUGCUUUUGUUUGGCUCACCUCGUUCUUGGCUGAUGACGAAGAUUGGUGCCUUAGCAAGAAUUGUCCUGCUUGCGUAGUGCAACACGCCUUGGAUGCCGAGUUUCAAAUCAGACUAAUGGCUGCCGCGUGCAUGCUUUCUUGUGCAAAGGGCCCUGAACCUGGCCACGGCCCUACUCUUCCUUCAUUCGACUUCUUCCUCCGUUCUCUGCGUGAUGCCCUCAAGGAAGAUGAGCUAUGGGGACCUGAUUAUUACGAAUACGUCGAACCGAAGGCCGAAGACUUGAACCUCGGAAUGCAGGAUUUGAUGCGUCAGUGUGAGAAGCUUGAGCUCUCGAUGACACCACCUGGAACACCGGAAGACAACCCCCUGCCCUCGUUCUCAUACUUCUCGGAGCGCAGAAUGUCCCUCAUGACCCCGACAAAAACGAUCUACCCGAGAAGGCAGUCCGUGGUGCCGGGCAUCACUAUCAAGCGUUCAAAGCUAGCCAAGGUUCAGAUGAAGAUGGCACAGGAAGAGGAACAGUGGCUCCAGUCGUUUGUCAACAAUGCAUGGCAGACACUCAACCCUUUCCAAAUGGAGCUGCCCUCGAUGAACACGAUUGCACGCCGCAUGUCGCUAGUUGCAGGCCCCUGA